CCGCGUGUUCUCACUUGGCCAGUAAUUUUAAAACCUUCAUGAAUUCGUAGAUCCUCGUGCAACUACCAACGGGGCUGAGCAUCGCUUUUUUUUCUUUGUCUUUUUACCAUCUCUUCUGUCUCUGCCCAACCCAUCCGGUUUUUCGGUUACAUCUUCGAAAACAUCACCUGUACAACAAUCCCCUCAUUCAAUCUUAACUCUUAAAAAAUUCUUUUUUUUCUUUCUUUUUUAUCUCGAUAGAACAUCUCACCCGCCGGUCGGACGCGACAAGUUCUUAAACGGUUUCCCUCGUUUCCACGACUUUCCCCCCUGUUUCCGCUUCUGUCGCAACAUACAACGCACGCACGACACAACCCCUCGAAAUCCUUUUUCUAACAUCGAUACGAACAUCGAUAAGCCGCGUCCAUUACGAUACAUUACGAAAUUCCCCGAAAUAUUGUCAGUUUUACUUAUCGACUACUUAUUGAGUAGCUUGUAAUCAAAUCCGCCUGGCGUGUAUCGGUGGAAAAUAAGAUCAGAAUAAUAUCUUUAAGCUUGGAUUUUAAUAGCGGUCGCGCUUCGUUUCCUAUUGCCUCCUAGGCCUUACGAAUGAUUGAAUUACAGUCGGCGCGAUGAAUUUAACAUGUAACUCGACGCUGGAGGAAAUGAGGAUCGGGUCGGAAGAGAAGAUCGUGGGUCCUCUGACUUUCCAUCAACUCGCCCUCAUCAUCGCUGGCGGUGCCACCAUAAUCGCUUACAUAGCGAGUUUUUAUUUGAUGUGGCAACAUGCUCUCAACUACACCAAGCCUCGCGAACAGCGACAUAUCAUUCGCAUCUUAUUUAUGGUCCCCAUCUAUGCUACCUCUGCCUUCUUAUGCAUAUGGUAUUAUUGGCACGCGGUUUACUUCCAGGUCAUCAGCGAUUGCUACGAGGCUUUCGCCAUCGCCUCCUUUUUUGCCCUUAUGUGUCAUUAUGUCGCACCCGACUUACACGACCAGAAGGAUUUCUUCCGAAAUAUGCACCCCGUAGUACCGUGGGUAUGGCCGAUCACCUGGUUUGCUAGGCUCAGCGGUGGCGAGAAGGGUCCGUGGAGGACCCCCAAGAGCGGCUUGACCUGGUUUAAUAUCGUCUGGAUUGGAAUUUAUCAUUACUGCUUCAUCAGAGUUGCCAUGACCAUCACCGCAGUUGUGACACAGUAUUUUGAACGGUACUGCGAGAGUUCUAACAGUCCCGUUUUUGCUCACAUCUGGGUUAUUGCAAUAGAGUGUAUAGCAGUUACUAUUGCUAUGUACUGUCUAAUCCAGUUUUACGUGCAAUUACGGGAACCAUUAGCAGAGCACAGGCCCUUCCUGAAGGUCUUGGCUAUCAAACUUGUCAUCUUCUUGUCAUUCUGGCAAACGAUCGCCAUCUCCCUCGGAACGUCAACUCUUCAUAUAGUGAACCCGAAUGCUAUUCUCGCUUAUCCCGACCUGAAAGUUGGUAUACCGAGUCUAAUGCUCUGCGUCGAGAUGGCACUUUUCGCAGUCCUACAUAUCUGGGCAUUUCCUUACGGCCCGUAUCUUGAAAACGCCAAAACGACCUACUACCCAGUUUCUGACCCAUCUUCGGGAGUAUCACCUCGCGAGAAUGAGCACGGACGUAAGAUGGGUGGCUUUAUGGGCCUGAAAGCUUUUGCAGACGCCCUUAACCCAUGGGAUAUAGUGAAGGCCUUCGGCCGUGGUAUGAGAUGGCUGUUUGUGGGGGUUAAGCGCCGCCGUGAAGACCCCAGCUACCAUAAUAAACCUAGCGAUAUUGACACCAGCUAUCCCAUGAAACCGUACGGCGCAGAUCACAUGGGCGUAAUAAAUACAGAUAGCAUACCACCUGCCCCUGAAUUCCGAACCACAUUUGGUGUCCGACCCGGCAAUCGAGUCCCCGAGGAGAGCGCUGGAUUAAUUACCCACGCCCAACCAAAUCCGGGUAACAUAUCGAGACAUCCAACUGACCCUUUCAUAGAAACUGGGCAGGCGCAAUUCUACGACUACCCUACCGCUCCGGCGGGUUAUGCGCCCUACGUGUCCUACGACGAUGUCAGAGGGGAUAUAGGGGCCUCGAGUGUGCGGAACGAAUAUGAUCCGAACGAAGCACACGGCAACCAACACGGAAGCACGGCGGGCUGGGGACAGCGGCAGGGUAGACCCGGACCAGGCACAAGAACAUCAACACAGGUACGUGUUGGCAACGCGUUAUGGGGCGACCAACCUUUGCCAGGCACUGCGAGAUAAACACUGCGACAACCCUUAGCAUUUACAACACCUGCGAAUGUGGAAUUCUUGUUGCUUUUUUCUCUCCGAAUGCAUAUUAGGGUUACGGGGGCCAGCCUUGACAUUUUGGCGUUCUGGAAUCUUUUUAUUUUUUGAGAGGGUGGCCUCUUUUGUGCCGGGCGUCCUGACUGGUCCGUUCAGACCAGAUGAAACUUUGAUGAUUUGUUUCACCUGUUUAUUCUUUUGCCGCUUUUCGUGGAGAGAAGAUCCAAUAUCAUACUUGUUUGAGUAGGUUAGGUUAGGUGAAGUGCACUUAGUUUUGCCGACUGGUUGCCAAAGUUAUGGCAGAAUAGAGAGAAGUAUUCGAUAAAGAUGGCUUGGAAGAUAUAUUAGGUAGAUACCUCUUCGUAUUUGCGGAUUGUAUAAUGAAAUGAUACAUAAAUAUCUCGCAUUGCUGGCUGCUAUUUACAUUGGCUUAGGUCAGGUACCUAUUCUACAUGGCAAAAUUGAUUUUAUAGCUCACCUCGCAACCUAGGUUUAUAGGAAGUAGCUAUAGUUUGACGGUCUCGAGUCACGGCAGCUUAGUUUAAUCACAGUUUACAUACACCCGGCCUAAGUGUCAAUUUACGGAAGUCGGGUAUAAUACCUAGUAGUGGUAGUA